AUGGCUGCCAUAUUUUAUUCUCGGUUGUGCAUUCGAAACAGUGGUCGCUUAGGUGAGAUUCCUCAUGUUAGUUGUUAUGAAAUCUUGCGUUGUAUUUCUAACUAGCUAUUCUGUUUGCCUAUAAGCAGCAAGCUCACUUGGACGACCAGUUUUUACGGCUUCGACUAUUUCGUGCUCGCCAAGAAUUCACAGUGGUGAGUUUUUUACACUGGAUUACAAAUUUUAAGCUUUUUGAUAUCUUCUAAUUUUAUUUUUAAGUAGACGUCUUAGAGGUAAAAUGUCUACUCUGAUCAUAAAACAUAAGGACUGUCACAUUUAAUCGCUAAAACUCAAUCUGGUAGAUUUAGUGAGAAACUCCAGUUCAAAAGAAAUAGGUAAGCUAAGUUACGUUACCAAAAGAAUGAGCUUAACAAAUUGAUAAAUUAAAUGUGAUGAUUGUUUCAUUUGUUGCAGUGGUGCUUUCAAAAGCAGUCCAUUCUUCAGCUAAUCGCAAGACUGAACUAGGUAAGUGGUGGUUUUGGAGUUUUAACUGAACGCUUACUUUGUGUCACAAAAUAUAGUUCCCAAGAAAACAGAACUUAUCAAAGGGACAUAAACAACAAUGAUUAAUGAAUAGUGCAAUAUUGUUCAUCUAGGAUAGUUUUAGCAAAAGCCAAAAUAGUACACAUAUACAGACCAACUGGUGGGUAGAAUAAGGUUGGACAGAAUAUGAGGUGCCAUUGUUUCAGAAAAUUAUUGAAACUUCAAAAUAAAUAACGAAGAAAUGACUAGAAAAUUAACCUCUACGUGACAACUGACAAACUUCAAGUUUCUCCGUACAAAUUGUCUCGUGGUUGGUUGUGAAAAAUAGGGAGAAUAUGACAUAACAUCAGAACACAUCUUAGACCCAGUCUCAUAUACAACCUCUAAAUGACCAUUAUGGAUAGAACUCAGUGGCAGACCCAGGGGAGGAGCCUCGGGGGGGAUUUUCCCCCUAUCUGAAGGUCUGGAUACGGCUCUGGAUCUUUCCUUGUGUGUAAACUGAAACAAAGAAAUGUUGGUUGGCUACCUAAGCUGAAUCUUUACACAAAAAAGAUUUAAUUUUUAAUCAGAGGACAUGAUGUUUUUUUCUUGUCAGAAAUUGCACCAUCACAGCCAUCCAGUCACUGGAAGUUUGAGCGCUAUGUCAGUGUUGCCUUACUGACUCUUAUUCCCGCGGGAGUAAUCUACCCUUCAGCGGCUGUAGACUGGGCACUAGCUGCUGUCAUUCCCCUGCAUAACCACUGGUAGGUUGAGUUUUGUAAUGUUAAGGUUAGUGAUGUGAAUGAUGAGGUGACAGCGAUAAUUAUAUUGGUGGUAACUGGUUAAAAAAUUAGCACUUUUUGUUUAAUAGUAAUAGCGAUAAGUACUGGAGAAAUUUUUUAUAGUAAGUAGCAGCACAGUUGUAGCAAAAUUCCGUUGGCAUUUUUAGGUUCAUUUACUCAUUAACUCCAUACUAGGCUUAGAUUUAUCAUUAUUCUCUUAUUGAUCUCUGUAUUUGCUUCACAGGGGUGUUGGCCAAGUCCUGACUGACUACAUUCAUGGUUCAACAAUGCCAAAACUUGCAAAGGGUCUCUGGCUGGCUGUGUCAAUUUUACAGUUUAUUGGGCUCUGCUACUUCAACUAUUCUGAUGUUGGCAUCUGUAAAGCUGUCAGUAUGAUCUGGCACAUGUAAAAAACAACUCUGCAAUAGGCUGUAAAUCACAUAUUAUUAUUCCAAAACUGUGUUCUUUGAAGUUAAAUGUCUUAUGUUGACAAAAAUAUAAAGAGGAAGUGCAUAUAUUUAGUAGUUUGGUUAAAAAGCAGAGCCCUUUUCAUGACCAUUCAAAAAGAGGACAGGACCUUUAUAAAAAAGUAGAGGCUUUCUCAAGUCAAGUAAUCACGAUGAAAUGUCAAAUUUACUUUAACCUUGUCCCUGAUAUUUUGAAAAAGUGUCUUGGAAUAAUAGUUGUUUUGUAUUCACAAGACAUUGUGUUUUUUUAUCCUUAGUUUUCCUGAGCAAUUCUUGUCAAAUAAAGACUAAGAAAUUUUGUCUUU